AUGGGAUCAGAUGUCAAAGAUCGCCAGAUCGGCCCAACCGUGCAAUCAAAGAUCGGAGCCAAAGAGGAAUACGAUGAAACACCAGAUAAGAUCGCGAUGCCAAAGACGGAAUAUAACCCAAUAAAGAUCGCAUCCAGGGAGAAGGAGACGACGGGUGAAGCGCGGGAGCGUGCAAAAUGGCAGUACUAUUAUGGCCAGUUGAAGACGCUGCUCAAGACGGACCCAGUGUUCAAGAUGUUAAGGCCCAAGGUGAUUGGUCCUCUGGAUAAGCCGAUCUAG